GUUUGGGUAUUGUAGUGGUAUCAGCCCAAAAAAUAAAGUUUAGGAACCAAGCUGUAAAGUAUACAAAGUUUGCCAACAAUCCAUCAAUCCAAUUGGAUUUAGAUCAAAUGGAAGGGAUUUAAAUUGAUUGGAUUAGUUGGAUAUUUAACUGGAUGAAUUGGAUUAGUGGACAAAUUGCCACCUCUAUGGGCUACUAUGACGCGGAAAUAUUCAACGACAUUGGCAACAAAAUUUGCAGAGUAAUCAAGAUUGACUACAAC